CAAUGCUUUAUUUUGAAACGUUGAAAGCGGUCAGAUGGUUUUGCGGGAUGUUUUCAGCAGCGUGUUACUGAUGGACUCAGAAGUUGGACAGAUUGUCGGUGUUAUCACGGACUCCAGGUCUAACAGAGUCAUGAGAAGAUGUCUUCAUUAGUGUCCUACGAGGAUUCAGAGUCAGAGGAUGAAUCACCUGCUUCUGUACAAACUGGAUCCUGUGAACAAAGCCAGGACGUUGUGUUGUAUAAUAACUCAAAGGUGACACCCAGCGCUCAGGGUUUUCACCCAGACCCUGACUGGACAUUGUUGGAACAUCAUGGAAACAUCUCAGAAAGAAGCAGCUCCUCAUUACACCCCCACCCACAACCCCAUUUUGAUCAGGGGAUGAAAUAUUCCAGAAGCAGGGCAGCACAGCAUAAUCGUGUUGGAGAUACUGCAGCUCCUCUGAGUUUACCUGCAACUCAGGAGAAGAUCUCUCCACUCCAGUCUCUUCCUCACAUGCCACAAUGCUUUGGUGAUGGUUUGAACCAGGCCAAAAGACACCACAGUGUCCCGUCUGGUAUCAGACCGUACAUCCCUAAGAGACAGAGACUUGCCACUUCAGUUGAGACUCAGGACCCAAAGCAUUCAGCAGAGCAUGUCCCAGGGAUACGGGCCGGGGAAAACCAAGUUCUCUUUGAUGUGUCUGCAAGAGUUGAGCCGUAUCUCGCUCAGAAACCCGGCGCGGCAGGGAUCCCGAGGAGGCUUCUGAUGAGUCUGGGAGGCCACCAGGGCCCAGUCAACACUGUGCAGUGGUGUCCUGUGCCUCAUCUCAGUCAUCUGCUGCUCUCUGCCUCCAUGGACAAGACUUUCAAGGUGUGGGACGGAGCAGAGAGCGGACGGUGCCUCAGGGUUUACACCUGCCAUUCGGGAGCCGUGCGUGAUGCCUGCUGGACCCCCUGCGGGCGACACCUCCUCACUGGGUCAUUUGACAACACGACUGUGAUCACAGACGUGGAGACGGGGCAGCAGAAAGUGAAAUUUGACAACCAGUUCAAGGUGAUGUGUGCGGUCCUGCAUCCCAGCAGCCCAGAUGUGUUCCUGUGCGGAGGUCACAGUUCAGUGGUCAAGGCCUGGGACUCUCGCAGCUGCAAGAUAGUUAAAAUGUACAAAGCAGGGAUCCAGCAGACAUUGGACAUCCUGUUUCUCAGAGGCGGUCAGGACUUCAUAACGACUUCUGACUGUGUGAGCAGAGACUCUGCGGACCGAACCCUCAUCGCCUGGGACUACCAGACAGCAGCCAAGCUCUCCAAUCAGAUCUACCAUGAGCGAUACACGUGCCCCAGCCUGGCUCUCCAUCCGCUGGAGGACUCCUUUGUGGCCCAGACCAAUGGGAACUACAUGGCGGCAUUCUCCUCCCAGCAGCCCUAUAGAAUGAACAAGAGGCGACGAUACGAAGGACACAAGGUGGAGGGAUAUGCGGUGCAGUGUGAGUUUUCUCAGGAUGGAACCAUCCUUGCCUCGGGGAGCGCCACCGGCUCCGCUCACUUCUACGACUACCACAACGCCCGGGCGCUGCACACUCUCCACGCACACAGCCAGCCCUGUCUGUCUGUGUCGCAGCAUCCCGUCCUGCCCGCAACUGCUGCCACCUGCGACUGGGCCGGCGAGAUCAAGAUCUGGCACUGACGACACAAGAAUAUGAAGCGGGGAGAAAAAAAAUUAAGACGGAGCAGGUUAGCCAAGAUGAAGAUUGUAUUAAACUCAUGUGCACAUCCA